CGGUGCCGCCGGAGUUCGUCCCUGCCGCGCGCCCCUGGCCAUGGCAGCGCCGUCCCGGCUCCUGAUCCGCGGGGGCCGCGUGGUCAACGAUGACCUGUCGCAGGUGGCCGACGUGCUGGUGGAGGACGGCGUGGUGCGGGCGCUGGGCCGCGACCUGCUGCCGCCGGGGAGCGCGCCCGCGGGGCUGCGGGUCCUGGACGCCCGCGGCAAGCUGGUGCUGCCCGGCGGCAUCGACACGCACACGCACAUGCAGUUCCCCUUCAUGGGCACGCGCUCGGUCGACGACUUCCAUCAGGGCACCAAGGCUGCGCUGGCUGGAGGCACCACCAUGAUCAUGGACUUCGCCAUCCCCCCGAAAGGAGGCUCCCUCCUCCAGGCCUUCGACACCUGGCGCGGCUGGGCCGACCCCCAAGUGUGCUGUGACUACAGCCUGCACGUGGCCGUGACCUGGUGGGGUGACCAGGUGAAAGAAGAAAUGAAAGUCCUCACCGAGGAGAAAGGUGUGAACUCGUUCAAGAUGUUCAUGGCCUACAAGGAUGUGUACAUGGUGGGGGACGCCGAGCUGCAUGCCGCCUUUGCCCAGUGCAAGGCCAUCGGGGCCGUGGCCCAGGUGCACGCCGAGAACGGAGACCUGAUCGCAGAGGGAGCGAAGAAGAUGCUGGCGUUGGGGAUCACAGGGCCCGAGGGCCAUGAGCUGUGCCGGCCGGAGGCGGUGGAGGCUGAGGCCACGCUGAGGGCCAUCACCAUCGCCAGCGCCGUCAACUGCCCCCUCUACGUGGUGCACGUGAUGAGCAAGUCGGCGGCCCGGGUGGUGGCCGAGGCCAGGAGAGAAGGGAAGGUGGUCUAUGGAGAACCCAUUGCGGCGGGCCUGGGCACAGAUGGCACGCACUACUGGCACAAAGACUGGCACCACGCAGCCCACCACGUGAUGGGGCCCCCUCUGCGCCCUGACCCUUCCACACCUGACUUCCUCAUGAAUCUCUUGGCUAACGAUGAUCUGAGCACAACAGGGACUGAUCACUGCACGUUCAACACCUGCCAGAAAGCUCUGGGGAAGGACGACUUUACCAAGAUUCCCAACGGGGUAAACGGUGUUGAGGACCGGAUGUCAGUCAUCUGGGAAAAAGGCGUGCAUAGUGGUAAAAUGGAUGAAAACCGAUUUGUGGCCGUUACCAGCACAAAUGCAGCUAAAGUCUUUAAUCUCUAUCCAAGAAAAGGAAGAAUAGCUGUAGGAUCAGAUGCUGACAUAGUGAUUUGGGACCCAGAAGCCACAAGGACAAUUUCAGCGAAAACUCAUCAUCAGGCAGUUAACUUCAACAUCUUCGAGGGCAUGGUUUGCCACGGGGUGCCCCUCGUAACGAUUUCCAGGGGCAAAGUGGUAUAUGAAGCUGGAGUGUUCCACGUCAAGGCUGGGGAUGGAAAAUUUAUUCCCCGCAAGCCAUUUGCUGAAUAUAUUUACAAGCGGAUCCAACAGCGGGACCGGACUUGUGUGCCAAUGCCCGUGAAGCGACAGCCCUACACGGGGAAGGUGGCCACGCUGAACUCGAGAGGGGCAGAAGAGGACUCUGGGACAGGCUCUCGGACCGAGGCCCGCCGCGGAAACUAGCUCGGAGGUGAAAGCUAGCAAGAAAGCUCCUGUUUCCUCCAUCGCAGUUCAACAUUACCAGUCCCCGGAGAAGCAGGGACCUUAUUUUCGGCACCCCGAGAUCUUUUCAAAAACAAUAAUUGCUCGAGGCGACUUUGAUUUUCCUGCAGAAGCAAAUGUUGGCUUCCUCGCUGUGACUUUGUGGCUGUGUAAGAUAGAAAUGAAUCUUACUGUGAUGGAAAGUCUGUGAAAAUCCUCUGAUCAUCCCUUAAAAUGUCAUCCUGGCUGCUACUAGGUUUCUAAACUUUGUA